UAGGUAUUAUGUAGCAUUCACUACAAUUCACUUGCAUCUUUUGUGUAAGUGACUAUUAAACCCAGGGUAGGUGCAAUUACAAUCACAUUCCACAAUUUAUUUAGCCGGAGGAAUUCCAGUACACCAAGCAUGCUCUUGCAUAUUUUGUCUUGAUGAUUUUUACCCCUGCCCCUUUAAUGAACUACAUCAUGUGUUGUGCAGGUCCAAGGAAGACCACAUCCCCAGCCACCCAACCCACUGCUCCAAAACCAAAAUCCAGGGAGCCACCUGGCCCCGCCCCCUUCAACCCGGAGGACAUCUUGAAGGCACGACUGAGCAGCCGGAAGGGGUCCAAGCCCCCAGUGGACCUCCCUCCCCCUCCCCCUCCCUCUGAACCUGACUGGGCCCCCAAGAAAUACCUCGAGAAAGUGAAGGCCAUCUAUGACUACACCAAAAGACAGAGACGACGAGUUGACCUUUGUCAUGGGAGAAAUCAUCUACAUCGUGAAGAAGAAUGACGACGGGUGGUACGAGGGAGUAAUGAACGGAGUCAACGGGUUGUUCCCUGGCAAUUAUGUGGAGACCGUGUCACCCGGCAAUAUGAAUGGCAUAGGUUUUUUCACCUCAGAAUAGACAAUUGUACACUUCUCCUAUAGUAACUGAUAUGACACUCAUUUUGUUGCAUACACUAGAUUUGUGUGUCGUGUGUUUUGAACGUAGAGUAUUAACCAUGAUUAUUCUCUCUGUUACUUACACAUUUGUGCCACUAUGCACAUGCACACAUGUGUCAACAACCUAUGCACAUGUGUACACGUGUGUCAACGAGGUAACAAGGUAGAAAGGCAAGGCAAAGCAAAU